AUGCACGGUGUCAGUAUCACACCCUCUGCUCUUUACAGUGAUGUUUGCUUGUCCUACCGGCGUGACCAGGAAGUGUGUGCAGCCAUUUUGAAAAGCCUUCUCCCGGUUGUGCUGUGCCUCGGGCAGGACCAAGACGAAACAGAUGAAAAGUGUGAUGCUGAGGGACAGGUGCUAAGUGUCAUACAGGGUUUCUGGCAUCUGACUAAGGAAGGGAAACACACUGCACUAGUGCGACUGGCCCUUGUGAACUGCAUGAGAACGUUAAUUGAGGUUGAUCCCCAGGGUAAAUGGGCCAUUCUCCGUGUAGGCGAGACUGAUAUAUCUGUGCAAGAUGCUUUUUCUGAAUUCCUUGCAGAUACACACCAUCAGGUCCGCCUGAUCACUGCUCAGACUACAAACAGAUCAUCUGUCAUUUCUAGACUAUUUCAAGACACAAAAUCUCACGCUCUGCCUCUGAAGUUGCAGAAGGCAGCAUUUGAAAAAGUUUACAUGAAGGUGCAAGAAGGCAUGAGUUACUUGUCCCGCAGUAAUCAGGAUCCAGAGCAGCUUCCAGAUGAGAAGUAUAAUAGAAACUCUACAUUGCUAAUGCUGGUUUCAGUGAUUCUCCUGUCCAGUCCUGUAUGUGAGAAGCAAGCGCUAUUUGCCAUUUGUCAGUCUGUGAAAGUGAAUGGCCUUGAUCCUGCUCUCCUUAAAAAGGUUUUGGAGAAAGUGUCCUCCACUCUGGGUUAUAGAAGUGUGAAAGACUUCAUGACUUCUCAUUUAGAUUACUUGAUUCUUGAGUGGUUGAGAUUGAAAGUUCCUGGCUACAACUUGUCCACAUUUCCCUACACUCUGUUACAGUAUGCAACACUAAGGGAUUUUUAUAGGUCAUGCUACAAAGUGCUGAUUCCACAUCUCGUCAUUCGGAGUGACUUUGAAGAAGUGAAGGCCAUUGCUGAGUGCAUUGAAGAGGACUGUAAGGUCCUGUUGGCUGCUUGUUUUCCCAGAAUUUUGGUACAUAUUCUCCCAUACUUUGUUUCUGAUUGCUCUGGAGACUCAGAUAAAAAGAAGAGGGAAGUUGCAAGCAAAGUCUAUGACUUGCUACAAGAUGAGAACUGCCUUGGUAAACAGAUUGACAACCUGUUCCUUCAAAAUAUGCCAGAUAUAGUUGUGGAGCUUCUGAUGACUCUCCAUGAAUCCGCAAGUGCUACGACUAACGAUGAAGAUCCUCAGUUUUAUGGGGAAUUGGAUCCACCUCCAAACCCCCCUUAUUUCCCCUCCUAUGUCAUAAAAGCCACUUUGGAUUAUAUCAGCAGUUGCCAUAACAGCAAGCUAAAAAGCCUUGUGGCAAUUCUCUCCAAGACUCCGGAUUCCUUCCAGAAGAUUUUGUUGUCUAUAUGCAAGCAAGCUGCAGAGAGCAGCAAUGUCUACAAGAAACACAGAAUCCUCACCAUUUAUCAUCUAUUUGUUAACCUUCUUCUGGCAGAAAUUAAAGAUGGCUUGGGUGGAGCUUGGGCAUUUGUCCUCAGAGAUGUCAUUUACACCUUGAUACACCAUAUCAACAGCAGAUCCACUGCUCCCAGGGAUGAUGUAUCAACUCGCAGUUUCAUGCUCUGUCUUGAUCUUUUGCAUCGGGUUUGCCGAGCAGCCGUCACCAACUGCAAGGAUGCCCUAGAUAGUCACCUGCACGUCAUUGUGGGCAGUCUCAUCCCUUUGGCAAACAGCUGUGCGAAAAUACAAGAGCAGGUGUGUGACUUGCUAACCUUUUUAGUAAUCGAAAGCCAAAAUAAUGAAAACCUCAACCACACUAUUAAACUCCUAGACCCCUUUCCUGAUCAUCCUUUAUUUAAGGACCUGCGUCAGGCCCACCAAAAAUUCAAGUACAGCCAAGGACCAUUCACACUUCUACAGGAAAUCAACCAUUUUCUGUCUGUAAGUGUCUGUGAUUCACUCCCUUUGACCAGACUGGAAGGAUUGAAUGACUUAAGGAAACAACUGGAACAGCACAAAGAUAAAAUAAAAGGCCUUGUCCAUGAUUUCCAAGGAAAUCCUCAGGACAGUGUCAUUGCAAAUCUGGUUCUCAGUCUUUUACAGCUGUCAAAGAAUGCCGUACACCUGGCCAAUGGUAAAGAUGUUUUGGAAGCUGCAGGUAGCUGUCUAGGGGAGCUGGGACCUGUUGACUUUUGCACCAUAGCCCUGCAGCCCCAGAAAGAGCUGCUUUAUAGCAAAACUGUUGAUGUGUUCGAAGACAAAGAGCUGCAAUGUGUGCUUUUCAUCCUGAAAUUGAUAAACAGCGCCCUGACAGACCACUGCAUCCAUGUGCGAUCAGCAGCUGCUAUAUGUUUAAAAAAUAUCCUGGCCACAAAAACUGGCAAUCAAUUUUGGGAUAUGUACAAAGAGAGUGAAGACCUUAUGCUGGUUUAUCUGCAACCAUUUCGCUCCCCAAAGAAAAAGUUCCUAGAUGUGGAGAAUACCUAUGUUGGAGACUCUACAAUGGAUGCAUUGGAUGACCAUAGUUUAUGGAUCCCACAAAAUACCAGCCAUGACGACUGGAUAAAGAACUUAACUUGUGUCCUGUUAGAGUCUGGUGGAGUGAGAAGUGAAACCCUUUUAUUACUGAAGCCACUGUGUGAGGUGAAACCAGACUUUUGUCAAGCUGUGUUGCCUUAUCUUAUACAUAAUAUUCUCCUGCAAGAUUCCAGAAAUGUAUGGCGCACACUUCUUUCCAAGCACAUCCAGGGAUUUUUCACGUCUUGCUGUCGCUCUGCACCAGCUUCUAGCAGAUCAGCGACUCCAGCAAGUUCAGAUUCCGAAUCUGAAGGUCUGGCUCAUGGGACAGUGGACAUCACCUCCCGAAGGACAAUGCUUAGUGUCGUAGAAUAUUUGAGAAAACAGAGACGACAGGGAGAGGGAACAGCUUUUGAUGACAAUUUCUGGUUGGAUCUUAAUUACCUUGAGGUGGCUACUGCAGUACAGUCCUGCUCUGCCCACUUUACAGCUUUGCUGUAUGCUGAAAUCUAUGCCGACAAGAUCAAGCUGGAUGGGGAGCAAAGAAGGUCCCUGAGGUUUGAAGAAGAGAGUCAAACUCUGACUAUUGUCAGCAUGAGUGAGAAAAGCAAAGAGGAGACUGGGAUCAGUUUGCAGGACCUUCUGAUGGACAUUUACAGGAGUAUUGGAGAACCAGACAGUUUGUAUGGAUGUGGUGGAGGGAAAAUGCUUCAUCCACUCGCCAGGAUUCGAACAUAUGAACAUGAAGCCAUGUGGGGAAAAGCCCUAGUAACCUACGAUCUGGAAACCAGUCUUCCCUCUGCUGCCCGCCAGGCUGGGAUCAUGCAGGCUUUACAAAACUUUGGCUUGAGUCACAUGUUGUCCACCUACCUGCAAGGCCUUGAGCAUGAGAAUGCGGACUGGUCUUCUGAGCUCCAGGAGAUUCGGUUCCAGGCAGCUUGGAGAAACAUGCAGUGGGACCAGAGCCCAUCCUACAAAGGUGACAUACCUGGCCAAGGCUAUCAUGAAUCUCUCUACCGUGCUAUACAGUCUCUGAGGGACAAAGAAUUCCCCACUUUUCAUGACCAUAUUAAGUAUGCCAGACUUAAGGAAGUAGAAGAGCUGUGCAAAGGCAGCCUGGAGUCUGUGUACUCUCUGUAUCCCACACUGUGUAGGCUCCAAGCUAUUGGAGAACUAGAAAAUGCUGGGCAGAUGAUUCCAGGAUCAGUUACUGAGUGUCAGUUAAAUGACAUGUACACAAAGUGGGAGCAGCAGUCCCAGAUCCUUAAAGACAGUGACUUUGGCUUCCAGGAGCCAGUCUUGGCUCUGCGUUCUGUUAUCCUGGAGAUAAUGCUGGAGAAGAAUUGCCUUAAUCAGAAUGUUCUCACGCCUAUUUUUACAAGGCACUUGGUGCACUUAUCUAAGGCUGCCAGAACAGCCUCCAACACACAGCUCCCAGAAAAGGCAAUUUUCAAGGUUAAGCAAUACAGCUCGGCACGUUUUAUAGUAUCUGAAUGGCAGCUAGAAGAGGCACAAGUGUUUUGGGCUAAAAAGGAGCAGAGUCUUGCUUUAGGGAUUCUUAGUCAAAUGGUGGACAAGCUGGAAUCAAACAGUUUAGAGAAUGACCCAACUCUUCAGCUGAUUUAUGUGGAGUGCCUGAGGUUAAGUGGCAACUGGCUUUCAGAAACGUGUCUGGCAAAUCCUACAGUCAUUAUGAAAAACUAUCUGGAAAAGGCUGUAGAAGUUGCAGAAGACUUCAGCAGUGGUAGCAGUGAUGAGCUCCAGGAGGUACGGAUGAAGGCAUUCCUCUCACUAGCUCGUUUUUCAGAUGCCCAAUAUCAGAGAAUUGAUAAAUAUAUGAAGUCAUCAGAGUUUGAAAAUAAGCAGGCAUUACUUGCAAAGGCCAAACAAGAGGUAGAACUAAUACGACAGCACAAGGUUCAGACUAACAGGUAUACUGUGAAGGUGCAAAGAGAGCUGGAGUUGGAUGAAUGUGAAAUUGCAGCAUUGAUAGAAGACCAGAAGCGUUUUUUGUGUACAGCUAUAAAGAACUAUAUUAGCUGUCUGGUGUCUGGAGAGGAAUACAACAUGUGGAUCUUCCGCCUGUGCUCUCUCUGGCUGGAGAAUUCCCGGGUGCCUGAAGUUAACAACAUUAUGAAGGUGGAGUCAGAAAAGAUUCCCUCCCACAAGUUCCUCCCUCUAAUGUACCAGCUGGCUGCUCGCAUGGGGACCAAGAACAUGGGGAGACAGGAGUUUCAUGAAGUACUCAUUAAUCUGAUCAGCAGAACCUCUUUGGAUCACCCAUACCAUACGCUGUUCAUUAUCUUGGCUCUGGCAAACGCCGACAAAGAUGACAUGGUAAUGAAAUCAGACACCAUGAAAAAGAGCCGCCUUACAAAGAAUGUCCCAAAGAAGAUAUCUCAGACUGAUGAGGAUCGGAUGGAGGCUGCACGCAGUAUUGUGAAUACAAUAAAGAAGUGCAGAACACACAUGGUGCGUGAUGUGGAGAGGCUCUGUGAUGCAUACAUAAUUUUGGCCAACAUGGAUGCCAGCCAUUGGAAAGCCCAGCGCAAAGCUAUCCCCAUACCAUCAGAUCAACCCAUCACUAAACUGAACAAUUUACAAGAUGUUGUUAUUCCAACCAUGGAACUGAAGGUUGAUCCCAGCGGGAAGUAUGAGAACUUGGUGACAAUUCAAUCAUUCAAGCUUGAGUUCUGCCUGGCUGGAGGUCUAAAUCUGCCGAAAAUAAUAGACUGUGUGGGCUCAGAUGGGAGAGAGAGGAGACAGCUUGUCAAGGGCCGGGAUGAUCUUAGGCAAGACGCAGUGAUGCAGCAGGUGUUCCAGAUGUGUAAUGCAUUGUUACAGAAGAACAGUGAGACCAGGAAGAGGAAGCUGGCUAUCCGCAGAUACAAGGUGGUGCCUCUGUCUCAGAGAAGUGGUGUUCUGGAGUGGUGCUCUGGCACAGUUCCUAUUGGUGAAUACCUAGUGAAUUCUGAUGAUGGUGCUCACACACGUUACCGGCCAAGAGAUUAUAGCAGUUUACAGUGCCAGAAGAAAAUGAUGGAGGUUCAAAGAGGACGGUUUGAAGAUAAGUACCAAGUUUUCCUGGACAUCUGUGAUCAUUUCCAUCCAGUGUUCCGCUACUUCUGCAUGGAGAAGUUCUUGGAUCCAGCAGUUUGGUUUGAGAAGCGUUUGGCUUAUACACGUAGUGUUGCUACAUCAUCCAUUGUUGGUUACAUUGUAGGACUUGGAGACAGACACGUCCAGAACAUCCUGAUGGAUGAAGAGACAGCAGAACUCGUGCACAUUGACUUGGGUGUUGCUUUUGAACAAGGCAAAAUCCUCCCCACCCCGGAGACUGUACCUUUUCGCCUCACGCGAGAUAUUGUGGAUGGGAUGGGUAUUACUGGAGUGGAGGGCGUUUUCAGAAGAUGCUGUGAGAAGACAAUGGAAGUGAUGAGAAGCUCUCAAGAUGCUUUGCUGACCAUUGUUGAGGUGCUGCUUUAUGACCCUCUCUUUGACUGGACUAUGAAUCCUCUGAAAGCUCUUUACCUGCAGCAGGAUGAAGCGGAACUUAAUGCUACACUUGCCGAGGACCCAGAAUGCAACAGGAACACCUGCAGUGAUUCACAGAGCUUCAAUAAAGUGGCAGAACGUGUCCUCCUCCGACUCCAGGAGAAACUGAAGGGGGUAGAAGAGGGGACAGUGCUGAAUGUAGAGGGACAAGUGAAUCUUCUUAUCCAGCAAGCCAUGGAUCCAAAGAACCUGAGUCGGCUGUUCCCUGGCUGGAAAGCCUGGGUUUAA